UCCAGAAAAUCCUAACUCCCUCCCUCACUCCCGAUCAAUCUUUUGACAGAAUGUGAAGAUUUCUUCGAGCUAUACCAAGGCAAGUCUCUCUCUCUCUCUCUACCCAUUUCUUCGACAUUCUAAAUGCAAUAUAAGAAAAAGACGAUGGAGUAAUUUGAUUUAUUAGAUGAGAUCAUAGAAAUCUUCCAUUUCCCAAACGCGGGCACUGGACAGCACAAUUGGACUGGAGACGAUUCGUUCUGAUCUUCUUCGUCUAACGGUUUUAGGGCUUUGACCCUUCCGUCAAGGAUGAUUGGAUUUUUGCCAGAAUUUCCGUGUAUCUCCUUGCUAUUUGCUAGUUUCCUUGUAUACAUUUUUGGGAACAGUAACCGAGCAUGUGUUCGCCACAUUGCAUGAGUUGGUUUCCUACUGUCACGAGAGGAAUGCUGACCAUUUUAGAGCAAUUUUAUCGGCAAAUUUGAGAAAACAAUAUUUGUUGAGCUACCUGUUAGAAAAGCUUCUGUACAACCACAUAUCCGAGCCCAUUGGGGUCUAUAAUUGAUUGGCACUUUGUACUGAUGAAGGAACACUCUGAUAUCCAUAACCAAAGCCUUAACAUCCCAUGGUGUGAUUAGUAAGAAGCUUUUGUAGGGAUUUUCAUCUCCAGUUCUUGGGCGUAGAGAGGUUUCUUCGGCAUGGCUCCAAAAACAACUAAAAAAUCAAAAGAAAGCAGUUCUGUACACCAGUAUAUCUGUGUAUCGAUGGCGAUAAGUCUGAAAGCUCGUAAGAAAGAGCGUAUUGCGGAACGAAAUGCCAUAACGCUGUACUCUCAGAAGAAGAACGACAAGUUUGUGGUUAGUCAUCAGAGAACUACGCCCGAACUCCGAUGCAAGCUUGAUAGUGAAAUCCAGCCUUGGCCGGACCUUCCACCAGAAAUACUCGCGUCAGAGGUUGUUUCCCGCCUCUCUUCUUUCGAUCGAAUCCGUUUCCGUGCCGUUUGUAAGAAUUGGGAAAGGCUACUUCCUCGGCCACCUCAUGAGGAUGAUAAUGUCAAAAAACUCCCGUGGCUGCUGGACUGCCACUGGAAUGAUGAUGGGUUCUUGCUUGAUGACCCCAUGGUGUUGGUAUGUGAGUUGUUUGACCCAUCACACCACAAGCAGCCCUAUUACCACAAGAAGCCCUAUUCUGUGGAUCAAGUUAUUGGGCAAGAUAUCCGCAGCCAUAAUGUCCCCAAAAUCCGCGCUUCACACCACGGUUGGCUGCUUUUCUCGUGGCAAAAACACCCUGCGAUGGAGUCUAUCACGUCUUACUUCUUGUUUUCGCCUUUCACCAAGCAAAUCAUCACUCUCCCUGAUUUAAACCACGACAUCCGAUCGUGUUGCCGAGCCCAUAUAGCCGCCUUUUCUUCUGAUCCUUGUUCCCCAGACUGUGUUUUCUUUGUUGUGCGUGAUUACUAUUGCUGCACGAUUACAAUCAGUACCUGUUGUCCUCGUGAUAUGUCAUGGACCACUCAAGCGUUCGAGGGGCAGCCGUAUUGUUUACAAGGCGUGGUGUUUGUUCGUAGAUUCCUUUGUUGUCUCUUUGACGGUCAUGGGGCUCUUGCAGCAUUUAAUGUUGCUAAGCGCAAAUGGAUUCUUGUUACUACUAACUCAAAUUUGAGGUUAUUACCGGGAAGUUAUCACUUGUUUGAGUGUAAAGGACAGCUCUUUUUUGCCAACUUGUAUGUUGAUCCGAUCUUAAGUGACGACUACAGAGGCCAAUGUCGCCUGUUCAGGUUAAGUCACUCUCGAAGGGCCUGGGUUACUGAAACAAGCUGCCUGGGAAAUCAAGCAUUGUUUCUUGGUCGUACCUCCUCAUUCUGCAUUUCAGCAUCGGGAGAAACGACAAAUAAGGUCUAUUACCAUGCCAUUGAUGGGUCAUUGAGAUUUUAUUCCAUGGAAGAUGGCACAAACCACGCUCUUGAGGGUUCCCCACAUGCUGGUUGGGUUGCUGCUAAAGGGUGGAAUGAACGAAUAUGGAUUCAGCCACCUCAGUUGCGCACAAACCUAGAAUUUGAGGGUUGAAGGGAGCAGCAGGUUCCGAAUCAAGUAAUUGGAGAAAUUAUUCGUAUAUUAACAGGAGUUAUAUCUGUACCAGGAACCUAAUCAAAGGCUUGGACCUGUGUGUUUUAAUUAUCUGACUCGGUAGUAUUUCCAUCGAGCUUCCAUGGCUUGGUCUUUGGAUAAGCAGACGGGUCAACAGAAGCAAACUCGUUGAUGAACAAGAUGUCUUUGAACUGCAGCAAGGCUGAUCUCGCAUCUUCAUGGCAUAGCAGCUGCGUGGAAGAGUAAGAGUCGGUCAAAAUAUGAAGAUUACAACACACGAUCAGGCACAUAGGAAGAUACCAAGAUGAACCCAUGAUGUAUGACCAACUCUAGUUUAGCAAUGCUAGUUGAACAAGCUUCAUGGUUAUGAUGUGCUUUUAUGGUUUUAUGAGUGCCGUGUCCACCUUGAAGGACAAAAUCCUCAGUUUUUUCAGCCAAGUCACAUCCGUGCUCUCCUCUCUGGACUUUAUUAAUCAGUAAACCAAAUUACACUUCGAAUACCAUAAGCAAUGAUUCAAU